GGAUAUAAUAUAUUGUUUGUUACAAAUCGUGGUUUGAUUUACGGUUUGGGAUCUAAUUAUUACGGAUCUCUUGGUUUGGGACACAACCGCUAUGUCAGUGAAAUCCAAGAGAUUGAGAGAUUGCGCCACAAGAAUAUCACACAAUUCUUCAAUGGAGCGGACUUUGUGUUAGCCUUCACUCAACACAACUGCCUCUAUGGUUGGGGUCGUAAUGGUUUGGGGCAGUUAGAGGGACAGGUGUAUAGUUGGGGUCGAAAUGAUUGGCAUAAUUUGGGACACACUUCAUCGGGUAAUAUAUGGAAACCACAACUCAUUGCAGACAUGACUGGUGAUGACCAAUUCCGGGAAUGUAUGCGAGAAAUGCGAAAUUUGAUAAACGUUAGGUCACAAUAUUGUGUCCAAUAUAUGAAUCAAUGGAAUGAUGGCAAUGUGUAUUACAUUCAAAUGGAAUUGUGCUCCAAUAGUCUGCAGAAUAUUCUUCAACACAAACCACAAGUAUUUGGUCGACAACCGGCAGAACCAAUGAAUUCAAUCGAGUUUUACAUUUCGUGUCAUAUAUUCAAAGAGAUCUUAGAAUGCGUUCAAUAUUUACAUGAAUUGAAUCCUCCGGUCAUUCAUAGAGACCUCAAACCCGACAAUAUAUUACUGGCGAAGACUGUAAAGAACGGCAGAUUUUUUAAAGUAUGCGACUUUGGGUUGGCUACUGUUCACCAGCACUCGUCAGAUAAGGGGGACACGAGAUAUCAGGCGCCAGAAGUGGGUCGAGGAGUGGUCUAUACCCAUAAGAUAGAUGUCUACAGUUUGGCUAUAAUUGCAGAACAAGAUAUUUUUGGGAUUCAUUUGGAGGACAACCCGUAA